AUGAAACCAAAUAGCGACACAGAAUGCCUGAAUCGUUUCCACAUUGCGACUCGCUGUUGCAAUUUCUUGAAAAACGACAUAAAUAAGGUGUCUAACUUCGAUAUUCUGACUUGUCUCUAUCGUUGCGAUGUCGAUUUCGAAGUGUGUUUUCUCACGGAAGCCGAAAUGAUUGAAACGAUCCUGGCUCAAGGAAGAGUGAUACAGGUACAUCCGCAACGAGGAAGCAGCAACCGAAGCGCUAAGAACACCGCCAAAGCACGCGACUAACUGGGAGGCCGUGUUAUAGAAAAACGAAAAAUAUAAGGAGAGCUUGAAAAACAACAUUUAAGCAUCAACAAGCUUGGCCCGAUCAUCAAAAAAAGGAUUUUUGAAGUCAAAAAAUCAAAAACGUUAGUCAAUGGGCGAUCAUUCGAUACCGCCUUGUAUAAAACCAACGGAUAAACUAAGGACUCGACUAAAUCUAAACUUCCUAAUUCUCCCAUCGAUUGAGAUUGUUUCCUGUUACACUCACGACAGCCCUUUUUUAGAGUAGACUCUUUCAAGCGCAAACGAUUCCCCGAGAGAAGAGGAAGACCACAACUAGAUAAGAAUAUGCAGAAGCAGAACAAUAGCAAAUUCUAGGUCGUCUUUAAUUGACGUAGCACUUCAACACAAGUACAUAACCAACGAAAAUGCCGGACCCAGUGCGCAGCGAAACGAAUGCCUAGGGCAAUUCAUACACUAGCUAUAAUUCCAAUGGCGGAUACACCUACUCAACAACGCCAGCUAUAAGGGUGGAGGUAUCUAUUUCAAUCUUUUCCUUUGCACGUAAAAUGUAGCGAUAUCGAAAUGCAGGAGACAACUUUCUGUCGUCCAAUUCCGUCCAGUUUAUUUUCAGUAUUGUAAAGAAUUUCAGCACCACCACUCUUCUUUUUGUCUUGUAGUCUCGAUUCAAAUAUUGUUGUAUUUGAUAAGGUACCGGAGGACAGAGCGGAAGCCACUACUACGCCCCGACCGCAAGCGGCGGUGGUAGAUUUUACACGUCCAACGGCGGCAAGAGUGGCGGUGGCUAUUCGCAUUACACGAACAGCAGCGGGCAGCGCAGCUACACCAGUGAUUACCGCAAGUAGAAACCGGUGUAGUCCACCCCACUUUGAUUAUACUCCACACUCUUACGAGACAAGGACAACGUGAUCAUCAUGAUUGCCUACUGGAACUGGAUGAUUAGGGAUUAAAGGAGGUAGAUGUUAGCCAUACCCCCCAGGCUGGCCAUGCGCUGGCCUAUCUAGAUUGCUGGCGGAUUCUGGAUGAUGAUGGAAUAGACUAAAACGCUCCGAGAUUGCUGAAGGAUUUCGGACGAUGAUGCAAGAAAAACUAAAACACCAGAAUGGAACGCACAAAGCUCCCGGCUCCUUGAUAGCUACAACUUAGAUUUUUGGACCUACUAAGAAGCAUGAGUUGAUGAAGUAUCUUCUUGCGAGGAGGAUUGAUAGAUCGAAUCAAUUCUUGAAGAAAGUAUGUCAUUAGAAUUCUUAAGAUCGGAGAUCGCCCUUUACGUAGACUACCAAAUCCCAUUCGACUUCGGUCGUUGCGUCGAGUUUUAACCUAAUCGAUGCGUCGAUUUCUUAUUCUAAUAUGUAGCUGAUAAAUCUAUGUCAUGCCACAACACACAGAUCUUCAAGAACUGUCACGAAUUGCGUGGUUACUGUGUCAGAUCUUAUUCUUAGACCUGACCAGGUAGCAAAAUUUUUCAUCUCGGCUAUGAAAAAAUAGCAAUCAAUGCAAAUAAGAACUACCUCUAUUCCUUUUGUGCGUCUCCCCUACUGAUAAUCAAAGAGCUUGAUUGAUGAGUCAAUCAUUUUUCUGUAAUCUAGGUCUUGAAUAAUUCCGAAUCAUCAUAUUUUAACUUCCAACUUUUCGUUGUAAUUAUGCCUCCGGAUCGAGACGGUUCGUUGUAGUCGGAAAUCGAUCAAAAGAGACUCUAAGUGAAUCUGUCAGUUGAUGUUCCUCGGACCUUUGGCAUUUGAUGUUCCUCGGAACUACAAACAUUAGCC